CGUAAGUAAGUACGUUGUACAACUUUAAACUAGAAGUUGAGCCUUUUUUUUUCGUUUCGGUUUUUUUUAUUUUCGUCUUCAAUUUUCUUCACGCGCCCUUUUUCCGAAAUACUUGUAACUACAUAACUACAUACAUACCAAUUGGCAGCUUGUGCCUCUCAAUUACUCAAUUAUACCAACUGAUCCUGGGAGGGAAACUGCUGCGUGACGCACAUAACGCACAUACAGAUUGAAUCAUGCUGCGAUCGGUAGGAAGUACGGCCGCAGGCCAAGCUAGGAAUUGCCUUAGACCGAGGGCCAUUCCACGUUUGUCUUGCACAUGCAACACCUCCUCAUCCUUCUCCUCGUCUGCAUGCAAACCUAUAUCGUCAUAUGCCACUUCGACAAGUACCCUCAAUAUCUCCAACUCCAACAUACUUAGCAAACCGACCUAUUCCCUACGAUUUCAGAGAAAUUUCCAUGCGACAUCCAUAAGAAUGGCAGCAAACACGAGAACCGAGACCGAUGCCUUUGGCGAGGUCCAAGUCCCGGCAGACAAGUACUGGGGAGCGCAAACUGAGCGUUCUCUCUCCAACUUCCGGAUCAACCAGCCUCAAGAUCGAAUGCCACCCCCCAUUGUGAGGGCAUUUGGUAUUUUGAAGGGCGCUGCGGCGACUGUCAAUAUGCGAUACGGACUUGAUGAGAAGAUCGGCAAGGCCAUCCAACAAGCUGCUGCAGAGGUCGCUGACCUCAAGCUCAUCGACCACUUUCCCCUGGUCGUCUGGCAAACCGGUUCAGGCACCCAGUCUAACAUGAACGCAAACGAAGUCAUCUCAAACCGAGCCAUUGAGAUUCUAGGAGGCACCAUGGGUACCAAGAAGCCCGUUCACCCUAACGACCACGUUAACCGUUCCGCCUCCUCCAACGAUACCUUCCCUACUGUCAUGCACAUCGCCGCCGUUCUCGAACUGGAAGGCGAGCUACUGCCAGCACUGAAGAGUCUUCGAGAUGCGCUACAGAAGAAGGUUGACGACUUCGAGGCCAAGAAGAUCAUCAAGAUCGGCCGAACCCACCUUCAGGACGCCACACCUUUGACCUUGGCCCAGGAAUUCUCCGGUUAUGUCGCCCAGCUCGACUUUGGCAUCAAGCGAGUAGAGAGCUCCUUGCCGGAUUUGAGACUCCUCGCUCAAGGUGGUACCGCUGUCGGUACGGGGAUCAACACCUUCGAAGGCUUCGCGGAAGCCAUUGCCGAGGAGGUUACUAAGAUGACGGGGACCGAAUUCAAGACAGCGCCGAACAAAUUCGAAGCGCUAGCUGCACAUGACGCCAUCGUCCAAGCCUCAGGCUCUCUUAACACCUUGGCUGCGUCCAUCACCAAGAUUGCUCAAGAUAUCCGAUACCUCGGCAGCGGCCCUCGUUGCGGUCUUGGUGAGCUGAUUCUGCCAGAAAACGAACCUGGUUCCAGCAUUAUGCCCGGUAAGGUCAACCCCACGCAAUGCGAGGCCUUGACGAUGGUUUGCGCUCAAGUCAUGGGUAACCACGUUGCGACGACCAUUGGUGGCAUGAACGGCCAGUUCGAGCUCAAUGUCUACAAGCCCCUCGUUAUUCGAAACCUACUACACAGCACGCGAAUCCUGGCAGACGGUAUGCGCUCGUUUGAGAAGAACCUUGUGGAGGGUCUUCAAGCCAACGAGGAGAAGAUUUCUAGCAUCAUGAAGGAAUCGCUCAUGCUAGUUACUUGCCUUAACCCCAAGAUUGGUUACGACAUGGCAUCUAAAGUCGCCAAGAACGCGCACAAGAAGGGUCUAAAUCUGAAGGACAGCGCCAUGGAACUCAAUGCGUUGACAUCGGACGAAUUCGACACGCUAGUCAAGCCGGAACUCAUGGUCGGGCCCAAGCCCUACAAGGGUUAGGUGCACCAGAUAGUCGAGCCCGUCCUGCAAUACGUCCAAGCUGAACUAGAUGCGCUCGAGGAGGCGACAUCGUCGUCGUCAACUUUUCACGACCACCACCAUUCCUGUUCUCGCUAAGAUCAUACAUACCCUGGCGUUUGCCAACGCAUUGAUUUGCAUCGCGUCGGUGACAAGAGUCAUGUCAGAAAAAGACGACAUCGGUCCUGUACAGGUUGCGACAGGUUGUACAUAAAGUAAAAAGAAUAAAGAGUAAAUAGUAAACUUUGACACACACACACAUAAUCUUUG